AUGUCCUCGCCCACCGGUUCCGACGAGACAUCCUCUUCAAUAGCCUUCUUCACCACUCACCCGCUAACAGCCCCCCUCCUCUCGGACCCAACAUACAACAUCCUGCACACAACAAACCCACCAUUCCUCAACCCCCUCCUCGCCUCAGUCGCCCGCUCCCCAACCGCAAUCCGGCAUACGUUGUACCUCUACCGCACGGGCACCUCAUCACCACUCCCACCAAGCUCACAAUCCUCACCAUCUCCACAACAACCCUUAUCCUCCAGCCCCAGACUCGCCUCCAACUCCGGUCCCGAAGGCCAUUUGAUGGUCCACAUCGGCCCGGGCGUCUGCGGGCAAGCCGGCAUAGCACACGGCGGCUUUCUCGCAACAGUAAUGGACGAAGUAUGCGGGACGCUGAUCCCCUGGACUGGGUUCGACAACGGGAUGGGAAUGUUCACCAUCUCCCUAAAGCUGGAGUACAAGGCUCCCGUGUAUGUUCCCGAGGAAGGAGCGGUGAUUCUGGCGAGCGUGAGGGUUGAGCGGGUGGAGGGGCGGAGGAUGUUUUUUGGGGCGGUGUUGCGGGAUGCGAAUGGGAAUGUGUGUACGACUGCUGAGGCGGUUUUUGUGAGGAAGAGGGGGGGUGCUGGGUUGUAG